UUGUUUUGUUUUUAGAUGGGGUCUUUUUGAAGCCCAAGCUAGCCUCAAACUUGGAGUGCUGGGAUUUACUUGCACAAAAAUAAAUCCCAGGCUCCAACUGAAAUUUCUCUAGCACUUUCUGUGUAGCUCUUAACUUGAUUUAAAUCUUAAUUUUGUCUUUGCCUUUCAUGCUGCUCCUUUGCAUCUUCCUCAACUCACCUCCCUUGGUCUCUCUAAUCCCGACGUCAGUUGUCCUGAACCUGCUUCUCAUUUUCCUCUAUUAUGGUGACUAAGCCUUCCCUACUCUGGUUCAGCAAUGAAGUCUGUGAACCUAGCGGUAGGCCUAUGACUCACUUGUCCCGCCUUCUCGAAAGUCCGAUUCCUCCCAGUUGGCCUCUGGGCCUUAGAGGGCGGGACCUGGCUGGGUGGUGGGAAUAGAACUGUGUUUCUGAUGCGAGGAGGGUGGUGCCAUCUGAAGGUUCCAAUAAAAGCGGAGAUGGAAGAACAACGGAACCAAUGAAACCGCGGGACGGUUUGGGGAGGUGGUUCGGACAGUCGGGGUCAGUGAGGCGGGCAAACGGGAGGUGUGGGCCGGGUCUAGUGGUCUAGAGUGCCAAUAGAUGUGUAAAGGCUGCGGGAGACGGGUCUCCGGCGUCCUGGGUCUCCAGCUGAUGGAAUCUGGGAAGUCCGAAACCACCAUUUUAGAAUCAGGCUUGGACCGGGCUAAGAACACCACUUCUCAAUCCCAGCUAAUGCCCCGCCCUCCACGCCGGAGGUCCGGAAGCGGACGUGAUGGAUACGGAAGUAGCCUGCUGUUGCCGAGGGGACGGGACGGGCAGAUGCCAACAUGGCAGCGGUUGGGGUUGGCGGAUCAUCCCCGGCGGCCGGACCAGGGGCCGUGUCCGCGGGCAUGCUGGAGUCUGGGUCCGCUACAGCGGCUCACCGGCGCCUCAAAUACAUAUCCUUAGCUGUGCUGGUGGUCCAGAACGCCUCCCUCAUCCUUAGCAUCCGAUAUGCUCGCACACUGCCUGGGGACCGCUUCUUUGCCACCACCGCUGUAGUCAUGGCUGAAGUACUCAAAGGUGUCACCUGUCUCCUGCUGCUCUUCGCACAGAAGAGGGGUAAUGUGAAGCACCUGGUUCUCUUCCUCCAUGAGGCUGUCCUGGUGCAAUAUGUGGACACACUCAAGCUUGCGGUGCCCUCUCUCAUCUAUACCUUGCAGAAUAACCUCCAGUAUGUUGCCAUCUCCAACCUGCCAGCUGCCACUUUUCAGGUGACAUAUCAGCUGAAGAUUUUGACAACAGCACUGUUCUCCGUGCUCAUGUUGAACCGCAGCCUCUCACGCCUGCAGUGGGCCUCCCUGGUGCUGCUAUUCACUGGUGUUGCGAUUGUCCAGGCACAACAAGCUGGUAGCGGUGGCCCUCGGCCACUGGAUCAGAAUCCCGGGGCAGGACUAGCAGCUGUUGUGGCCUCCUGCCUCUCCUCAGGCUUCGCAGGGGUCUACUUUGAGAAGAUCCUCAAAGGCAGCUCAGGUUCUGUGUGGCUGCGUAACCUACAGCUAGGCCUUUUUGGCACAGCACUGGGCCUGGUGGGGCUCUGGUGGGCUGAGGGCACUGCUGUAGCCCAUCAAGGCUUCUUCUUUGGGUACACGCCUGCUGUCUGGGGUGUGGUACUAAACCAAGCCUUUGGUGGGCUCCUGGUGGCUGUCGUUGUCAAGUAUGCUGAUAACAUCCUCAAGGGCUUUGCCACCUCCCUGUCCAUUGUGCUGUCCACUGUUGCCUCCAUUCGCCUCUUUGGCUUCCACCUGGACCCUUUAUUUGCCCUGGGCGCUGGGCUGGUCAUUGGUGCCGUCUACCUCUACAGCCUCCCCCGAGGUGCAGUCAAAGCCAUAGUCUCCACCUCUGCCUCUGCCUCCGGGCCCUGCAUUCACCAGCAGCCUCCUGGGCAGCCACCGCCACCGCAGCUGUCUUCUCGAGGAGACCUCAUCACGGAGCCCUUUCUGCCAAAGGUUGGGGCACUGCUAUUCCAGGCUUUUCCCCAUGACCCUCUGCUGGAGAUGUCCUGUCUCUCAUGCCUGGGACAGUUCAUCCCAGCCAUCCUGCAGACUGGACAAAAGCCCUGCAGCUCUUCAGUAACGACUAAUGACUACCCGUGGGGUUCCAUUUCCUAUUGUAUGAGGCCUUCUCUCCUGCACCAUCACCCUGGAUCAUGUCAACAGCUUGGUCUCUGAUGUGGCCUUUGGGCAGUUUCCCUGGUACAGAGACCCUUGAAGAUCGGCCUGUUGUAAGUGCCUGGAGUGCGGAGAGAGGCACGAGCUGAAAAGUUUGCAUCAGCUCAUAUUGGGGAGGGUGCAAUAAGCACCGUUCGCUUUUCAGUAGUUUGGGCAUUUGUGAUAAUCAGAUUAAUAAUGAUCCAGAGUGUUGGGAAAAUGGGGAGGGGAAAUCCUGAAGUGGCUGAAUCUUACGUAAUUGAAGAGACGGAUGAAGGAUUGAUUAUCUUCUGAAACAUCCAGAGAGGAAAAAUAAAGCUGCCAAUCCCACUCUUGCAGCCCCAUUGGCUGUUUAAAACACCCUUACUUCAUGGCGGGUGUCAGAAUUGAUGAAUCAUGGAACCUGCACCCCUGCACUCCCCAAAGCUUAUUAACUCCUUAACUGUAUCCCAGAUGUGUGUGCCUGUGUGUGUGUGUGUGUGUGAGUGAGCGUACACGCGCGUGUGCAUAAAUACACGCAUGGAAGGUGCCUGGGCUGUCUUUGCUAUAUGUAAAUAGGGCCAUUGGAUCUUUAUUUUUGAUUAAUUUGUUCUGAUUUUGGGGGGGGGGUGUUGUUUUCUAAGGAACUGUAAUGAACAUGUCAGGAUACCCAAUGCCAAAUAAAGAUGUUGUAUUUAUUUA